UCCGCUCUGCGGCCUCCUUCACGCCUCUUAAGCAGCGGCUUAAUCCUCGAGCAGAGCAGAGAGAUGGCUGGGCGCCGUGCAGCUGUGAAGGCCAUCGACUGGGUGGCUUUUGCAGAGAGGGUCCCACCGAACCAGAGGGCCAUGUUCAACAGCUUGAAGACCCGCAGUGAUUCUGUAGCUGCUAAACUUGCGUCCUUGCCAGAGAAGCCAGCUCCCAUCGACUGGACUUACUACAGGAGUGUUGUGGCUAAAGCAGGCAUGGUGGACGAGUUUGAGAAGAAGUUUGCUGACUUGACGGUCCCUCAGCCAGUGGACACUCAGACAGCAAAGAUUGAUGCCCAGGAGCAGGAGGCUAACAAAACUGCAGCUGCUUAUCUGGAAGCAUCUAAAGCUCACAUUGCUGAGUAUGAGAAGGGGCUUGAGAAGUUCAGGAACAUGAUUCCUUUCGAUCAGAUGACCAUAGAAGAUCUCAACAACACCUUCCCAGAGACCAAGCUGGACAAGGUCAAACAUCCAUACUGGCCACACAAACCUAUUGCCGACUUGUAAUUUAUUAGCAGCAGCCAGAGCUUCAGGAAUGUAUCUUUGAAUCUGAGGUUGCUCGAUAUAGUCUGGUCUGAGUAAUGCUUCUGCUGUAGAAGUGAUUCCAGUCGUGAAAUGACCCAUUUCUCAUUUAUUUGUGGAUAAAAAUAAAGACAAAUUGUUUAAAUUA